CUCGGUGGCCAGAGCAGCACAACAGCAGUUGGGUCUCACCAGCCGAGCCUCAGCAACCGAUGUCAAACUUCCACCACAAGGGUGACUCUGUGGAGCAUCUCAAGGCUCCCCGCACCGGUCUCACAGCACCUUCCAUCGGCAGCAGUUCGGAGCACAAGAGUUACCGAUAAGCCUGGAAGAGUACGAGAGAUUUCCCCAGAGAAGGCCUCAUGCUGAGUGGCAUCCGCAGGAGUCGGCUUACGGCAACUCUCUGGACCUUCAGAACAGAAGGUUUUCGAAUUUGGGCAUGUACAGCAACAUUCUCAAUGAGGGAUUGCCAGAGCUGGAGCCAGGCUUUGGGCAGGAUGGGGAGGAGGUUCCUCAACUGUAUCCUCCUGGGACUUUGGGGAGAGAUGAGAGGGAAGACUCCGAACCCAGGAUCCGACGCAGCAUCAUCAGUAGAGGACUGCCUCACAUUGGAUCUGCUGGUGCUUUAGUGCCCUCUCUGGAUGGUGGGGGUGUGGAUGUGGUGUUGACCACUCACUGGCUGCCGGCGUCCAGCAGUGUAUACAUCAGACUGCCAAGGGACGAACAGUGCAUCCAGGAGCGCAUGGCCAGGAUCUCCCCAGAAAAGUAUGAUGACCUGGAGGUGUUGAGAGCAACUGUGGAAGAGCAGUGUCUGCUGGAACGAGGGGUUUCUCGAGGGGCCAACACUUCCCCGCCAGCCCCACCCAGCCAGUUGACCGUGUGUCGCCUGCGGCUGACUUGUAGCUGUGAUGCAGUAUCUCCACCUGCAGAAUUGUGUGCUCGCGUAUUGCCAUAUGCCGCACAGAGCUGGCCGCAGCGCGGGCCCAACGUCUUCUUCAGACCACAUUCCGACGAGCAUCCCGUACUGGCUUAGUGACUGUAUCUUAUGCUUCUAUUGUAUUUGCACAGUAUAAUGUUUUUAUAAUUUUGUCUAACCUAAGCUACUAUUUGCAACAUGGAAACAUGAGAACAAGUCUUUCAAUUUUAAAUUUAGUAAUGUUACUUAUUUUGGACUUUUAAAUUUACAGUAUGCACUCUUUAGUUACUGUACAUUUUUGUCUGGUGUAAUAUAAUAUGAUUUCUGAGGAUAAUAGGAAAAUUUACAUGAAGUGGUGGAUAGUAUGAGGUAUUAAAAUAAGGUCUUUUCUGUUGAUGCACACUAUAACAUUUACAAAACUCACUCUUUACAAACUCUUUAUCAGUGGGUCUGACUUUUAUUCAUUUAUUUUAUUAAAA